GGCACGGUUGUCGCACCACUCCGCUGCGACCUCUGCUCAGCCGAAUUCACACAAACACAUUUUCAUCGGUUCACUGCACGGUGAUUCAAUCUGUUGUCGUCUGCCUUUUGCAAUUCGCCACAACAACGGUAGCUAAUGAAAGUAAUCGAAGGUUUAUUUGACUGAGACUUUUAUGCACUGACAGCUCCAGUCUCUGCAUAUACAGUUAGCAUCAGUGUAUCGCGUACGAAACGCUGUGCUUAUUACUGGUGUGUAUUUUAUUUAUCUGACGUUAUGGCUCUGCAAGAAAUCCACGAGAAAUUCGGAGGGUCAUGGAAGAUGGCUCGUAGUGAGAAAUUUGAAGAGUACCUUGAAGCUAUGGGUGUUGGAAUAAUCAAAAGAACAGUGGCGUCGAAGCUGUCGCCCGUGUUGGAGAUAUCGGUUGAGGGUGACGUGGUGAAGGUCAUCACGAAAACGACGAUAAAGACUCUACCAGUGGAAGGGAAACUGGGGGAGGAAUUCGACACAGAGACGUUGGGCAGACAUGAAAAGACUGUGUAUAAAUUUGAAGACGGAAAGCUGAUAGCUACCAGUGUCCCAAUCGAUUCCAAACAAAAGGUUUCUGUGAUAGAAAGAGAUAUUGUUGACGGAGAACUAGUACAGACUAUGACAGUUGGCGAUGUUGUAUGCAAAAGGUACUUUUGCCGAAAUCAGUGAAAGAAACCUUUCAAACAUUUUACUAUUCAAUAUUUUUAUAGAUGUAUAACAAUUGGCUUGUAUCUUGUGCACAGACGUGAAUUAGAGGAACAGGUAGGGCAGUUUUAAAGGGACAUUAUACAAUAGAUAUAACUUGAGAUGAAUACAUGAAUAAAUCUACAUUUUGUCCAAAUUGAAGUAUCUUCUCAAAGAAAUUAUCCAAAGUGUAUUUUAUUUCAAUUUUAUUUGAUCCAAGUUUCUUUUUCAGAAUUAAUAUAUAUGUACAUAACAUCACUUUUGUUUUGCUAAAUUGAUCAAACAUUUGCUAUUAUCUGGGAUUCAGUUACGCAAUUACCGCUUCUUGAAGAUGGUGCCCUCCUACCACCCCCCCCCCCGAGAAUUCUACCAUAUAUGUUUCUUUGUCUCCCUCCCCCACCUAAGAUGCAAACAGAAACGCAUGUUUGCGAAGUGUUUUGGUUCUGAAAGUUUGUAGGCCUGUAUUCACAAGGGAUAAAAUUGUCUCCCUUUCAACACCACGCUAUUUCCUCUUUCUUAAUUUCUGUCCCGGACCCAGUCACUGGCGAAGUCAGAGAUUGUGCCCGGGAGAGACGUGUUUGAACCUUAAUUGGAUAUAGGCACGUUAAUAUGUUAUCCAAUCCAUUCUUUUUUAUAUGUUUUUUUUUCAUAUUGUUAGACUUAGAUGAUUUGUAUUUCUGAACGAGUAUACCUCGGCAGACAUUCUGGAAUUUCCAGGGACACGACAGGUUUUUAUCUAAUCGUUGUGCUGGAGGUAGGGUCAGACUACUAACUACCAGCAGAGAGUUUGCCGACCUACAACGACUGUCCGGUUGCUAGUUUAAAGGGACACACCCUAGUUACGGCUAGUUAUUAACCAUUACGGCGUUGUUUUUCGCUAUUAAACCCAUUUUUUCACAAAUAAAAUUGCACUUUA